GGGCCACGCCAGCACAACGCACACUAAAUUCGUUGCUCUCCGUUUUCUUCUCUUUCCCGGCAAAAAGGCUCGCAGGAAAGCCAGGGGCCGAAAAAUCACCCCAUUUUUCGGUGAAAUUUCGGCUGAAUGUGGUUGUUCCCUUGAGUAUUCGGACGAUAUCUUGGUUUUCCGGCGAGAACUCUACCCCACACGUGAUAAAUACAAUUGUGAGGUUGGAGGUGCUUGUGUUUCUAACUACAGCUUGGUAGAGGGAGAGAGCAUCUACCAUGAAGGCGCUUAUACUCGUUGGAGGGUUCGGGACUCGCCUGCGACCAUUAACACUCAGUCUUCCGAAGCCACUUGUGGACUUUGCCAAUAAACCCAUGAUUUUGCAUCAGAUCGAAGCUCUGAAAGCUAUUGGGGUGACAGAGGUUGUUCUGGCCAUCAAUUAUCAACCUGAGGUGAUGCUAAAUUUCUUGAAGGAUUUCGAGGCGAAGCUGGGGAUAAAGAUAACAUGCUCUCAAGAGAAGGAGCCUCUGGGCACCGCUGGCCCACUUGCGCUGGCAAGAGACGAGCUGAUUGAUGAAUCAGGGGAGCCCUUCUUUGUCCUCAACAGUGAUGUUAUAAGCGAGUUCCCCCUAAAGAAAAUGCUCGAUUUUCACAAGGCACAUGGCAAAGAAGCCUCCAUUAUGGUAACCAAGGUGGACGAGCCCUCAAAAUAUGGGGUGGUGGUGAUGAAUGAGAAGACAGGCCAAGUCGAACGCUUCGUUGAAAAACCCAAGAUUUUUGUCGGAAACAAAAUCAACGCCGGCAUCUAUCUCCUUAACCCCUCUGUUCUGGACCGGAUCCCUCUCAAGCCCACCUCUAUAGAGAAACAAAUCUUUCCCCAAAUUGCCCUCGACAAGGAGCUCUAUGCCAUGGUUCUCCCGGGCUUUUGGAUGGACAUUGGCCAGCCCAGAGACUACCUCUCAGGCCUGAGGCUCUACUUAAACUCUCUCCGCAACGUUGGCUCCCCGAAGCUCGCAUGCGGGGUCCACAUAGUGGGCAAUGUGCUAAUUGACGAGAACGCCCAGAUAGGCGAGGGCUGCCUCAUUGGCCCCGAUGUGGCGGUGGGCCCCGGCUGCGUGGUUGAGAGUGGAGUCAGGCUAUCGAGGUGUACGGUCAUGAGGGGAGCACGUGUGAAGAGGCAUGCUUGUGUGACAGGGAGUAUCGUGGGCUGGCACUCCACUGUGGGGCAGUGGGCUAGGGUUGAGAACAUGACAAUUUUGGGGGAAGACGUGCACGUGGGGGAUGAAGUUUACAGUAAUGGUGGGGUGGUGUUGCCACACAAGGAGAUCAAGACUAAUAUCAACAAGCCUGAGAUUGUUAUGUGACCUUUUAUAUGUGUGUUUCUUUCUUCUUUUUUAUGCUUUUUUAAUUUUUUUAAAAAUUUUUUUAUUUUAUUUUAAUGUUUUAAGCUAGGUAUGUGCUUAAUUGUUUGUUCUUUGUAGGGUUCUUGAGUUGGUGAUUUGGGCUGUGCUAGAAAUUUCUCAACUCGUGGUUGUAGGUCUGGUUUAUUUUAGUUUUCUUUAGAGGUAAUUUAUUUGUUGGUUUGUAUGUGUUUAAUGUAUUUAUUUGUUGAUUUGUAUUUGUUUUUUGGGGUUGCAAGCUUUUGUUUUGUAUAGGUGGUACUCUUAUAUUGUGGGGAGGAAGGAAAUGAAUAAAUUGUUUGUAAAUGUCUUCUGGCGGAUGAUGUAUAAUCCAAUGAUUGAAAAUUGCCUAUCUGUUCAAAAAUUGCCCAAGUCGGUUC